UAUUAGGCAGCAUAUGCACCACGUGAGUUUGAUUCUUUGGCGGAUUCCAUUAAAAUAUCAUCGUAUAAAAGCAUAAUAAUAACUACUUCUCUCUCCCUCACCACACCAACGUAACUUUGAAAAGCCAUGGCGUCAUCUGAAAAUUGCAUCGAAGAAAGCAAGAGUUCUCUCACCAGACUUGCUCCACUUGAAGCAGUGCUCUUUGAUAUAGAUGGAACUCUUUGUGAUUCUGAUCCACUUCAUUAUCUUGCUUUCCGUGAGAUGCUCCAAGAGAUUGGUUUCAACGGAGGUAAUCCUAUAACAGAGGAGUUUUUUAUUGACACUGUUGCUGGCAAGCAUAAUAAUGACAUUGCCUUGGCUCUCUUUCCUGGCGAGCUGGAGAGAGGCUUAAAGUUUUUAGAUGAUAAGGAAGCCAUGUUUCGGAGAUUAGCAGCUGAGCAACUGACGGCUUUAAAUGGCCUCGAUAAAGUGAGAAAAUGGAUUGAAGAUCGUGGGUUGAAGCGAGCUGCAGUUACCAACGCUCCAAGACCAAAUGCAGAACUCGCUCUUUCAAAACUCGGUCUCACAGAUUUCUUUCAAGCUGUUAUUAUUGGCGAUGAAUGUGAACAUGCCAAGCCUCAUCCAGAGCCCUUCUUGAAAGGUCUUGAAGCUCUAAAAGCAUCUAAAGAUCACACAUUUGUAUUUGAGGAUUCUGUUUCAGGAAUCAAAGCUGGUGUGGCCGCUGGGAUGCCUGUUAUUGGUUUAGCUACCCGAAACCCAGAGCAUUUGCUGAUGGAAGCAAAACCCACCUUUUUGAUUAAAGAUUAUGAUGAUCCAAAAUUGUGGGCAGCUUUGGAAGAACUUGACAAGUCUGGUUCUCUUCAGGGUCGUCUUUGAGGGCGUGCAAGGUGGGCUACCGCACAGGGCCUCAAAUUUUUUAUUGUUAAACUUUAACUAAAUAGGGCCUUAUGAAUCUUUGCCAUUGUUAAAAUGUGGUUAAAUAGGGCCUUUAAUUGUCUUGUCAUGAUUGAACCAUGAAUAAUCUACACAGGGCCUCCAAAAACUUGAGACGUCCCUGGGUUCUCAUUAAAGUUUUGAAUUACUACUAGUGCCAUUGACAUAAUUUAGGAGAUGAAAAUGAAAUCAUGAGUUGAGUUUUCAUUUUUAUUUUUUAUAAUUCAAUUCUCAGAUCGAGAAUUAAUGAAGAUUAAGUUAGGUGAAGUUUGUGUUAGCUUAUUGUUAAGUUGAUUAAAGUGUUAUUAGCUGUGCUUAAUUUGGGUUAGCAGCAUAUUGUGUACUAUGUGUUUGAACUUUGAACACUGAGUGGAUUUCAAACUGUGGUUUAUUUUUGUGUAUGAUGGGUUCUUCCGAAGAAAUGGAUGUGUUUGUAUUUUGUGUUUA